UCGCAAACAGAUCGUGAAAAGGUAUAUUUUGGUGCAGCAUCAAUUUUUUUUUCUGGUCGAUAUUUUCGAAUUUUGCUUAUUUAUUCAACUUUAUUUGGGAAUUCAUCUCUUAAAAAGGCAACUCAAAACACAAUGUUGGAUCCAAAUGAAGACACUGAAUGGAACGAUAUUUUGCGUUCAAAAGGCAUUUUACCACCAAAAGAGCCUGAAAUCACCGAAGAGUCAUUGGUGAAUAUGGUCGAGCAAGCCAUUGAAAGCAAAAUGAACAACUCAAAGCAAAUGGAUGAUAUGGAUUUGGAUGAGCUCGAUGAAUUGGAAGACUCUGAAGAUGAAGCAAUUUUGUUGGAAUACCGUAAUAAGCGAAUUGCUGAAAUGAAGGCUUUGGCCGAAAAGAGUAAAUUUGGCACGGUUCGUGAGAUCUCCGGCCAAGAUUAUGUGGACGAAGUGAAUAAGGCGGGCGAUGGCAUUCAUGUUGUUUUGCACUUGUACAAGCAGGGCAUUCCAUUGUGCGCAUUAAUCAAUCAAUACAUGAACAAUUUGGCAAUGCGGUACCCACAAACCAAAUUCAUCAAGUCGAUUGCCACAACUUGUAUACCGAACUUCCCGGAGAAAAAUUUACCAAGUAUUUUCAUUUACUUUGAAGGCAACAUAACGAAACAGAUCAUCGGGCCAGUUGAAUUACGUGGGGAAAAAUUAACCGCCGAUGAAUUCGAAUACUUGCUUGGUCAGUACGAUGCAAUCAAAACGGACAUCACAGAAGAUCCACGACAAACAGUUAAAGAUAAAUUGUUUGAAGACUUGGCAAAUACCAACGAUUGGUAGUCAGUUUUGGCACGUAUUCUCAUCAAAAUAUCAUUGCGCAUCAACUCACAUUUGAAAUUUGUAUUCGAUCAAAAUUGUAUUUGUCUUUAUUUAACACCAUUUUUUCUUAAUUUCAUAAAUAAAAAUGAAAUGUGUCAAGCACUUUUUGCUUGCGGCGAGUGAA